AUGAAGAAGGAUCUCCUUCUUGUGCUGACUAUCGAGUCGGUAGUACUCGGUGUCGUACUCGGGUUUGUCAUCCGACCCUUCAAUCCAAGCAAUGACACCAUUAGUCUUAUCGGUUUCCCGGGAGAAAUCUUCAUGCAAAUUGUUGAGAUGAUGAUUUUACCUUUGAUUAUGUCUUCAGUGAUAUCCGCUCUGGCUCAAGUGCGUGCUCGAGAUGCUCGUCGAAUUGGUAUUGUUACAAUUAUUUAUUACAUGACCACAACUUUCCUGUCGACGUUUACAGGAAUUAUCCUUGUGUCGUCGAUUCAUCCCGGUGAUCCCGAAUUGAUUCACGAACUUGGAGAAGGAACACUGGAGAAUACCGCAUUGAGUACACUCGACACGUUUUUGGAUCAAAUUCGAAAUAUGUUCCCGGAGAACAUUGUGCAGGCAACAUUCCAACAAGUUCAAACCGAAUACAUGCCAAUUAAACCGGUAAGGUUCCGGAAUUCGACGGUCAACGGAACUGCCGAAAUAAUGCACAAGCAGACAUUGACAUAUACGAAUGAAAUGAACGUGCUUGGCUUAAUCGUCUUUUGUAGUGGGUUUGGCAUUAUUUUAAGCAUUCUCGGUGAUCAAGCACGGCUGAUGAUCAACUUCUUCAUUGUUUUGGACGCUAUUAUUAUGCGAUGGAUUAGCGCUUUGAUGUGGUGCUAUCCGGUCGGAAUUUUGUCGCUUGUUUGUAAGAAUAUCAUCGAUAUCGACAAUUUGACAGAGACCGCGCAAGCUCUCGCCAUGUAUGUGGUCACUGUCAUUUGCGGAUUGAUGAUCCAUUCACUUCUUACUCUUCCACUUCUUUAUUUUGUCGUGACCAGAAAGAGCCCUUUUGCAUUUAUGACUGGUUUGCUGCAGGCAUUGGCUACUGCAUUUGGAACGGCAUCAAGCGGUGCCACUCUUCCUGUCACAUUCCGUGCGCUUGAAGAGAAUCUAAAAAUCGAUCGGAGGGUCACACGAUUUGUAUUGCCGCUUGGUGCGACUAUUACUAUGGAUGGAACAGCAUUGUAUGAAGCUGUUGCCGUCAUUUUCAUCGCUCAACUUCAUAACAUCAAUCUAACGCUGUUUGAUCUAUUCACAAUCAGUAUUACAACAACAGUGGCCUCGAUUGGCUCAGGAUCGGUUCCGGCGGGUCUCGACACGAUCGUCAUCGUCCUUACCACCGUCGGCCUGCCAGCCAAAGAUCUCAGUCUGCUGUUGACAGUGGAUUGGCUUUUGGAUCGAAUUCGAACAUCAGUCAAUGUGCUUGGCGAUGGAUUCGGCGCGGGAAUAAUUCAUCAUUUGACGAAGAGCUCACUUCUAGAAGCGGACACCGAUGAUCUCAUUCGUCAAAUUCGAGAGGACAUUGAUAUUCUCAACAAUCAGCAACUUGAUGGUGUUUCUCAUCAUCAGAGUCAGCAUACACUUCAUUCACAAACCGCACCAUCUCAAAAUCGCAUUGGUUUCUCCAAGUCGGCUCGUGCUUCAUUUGCCAAAAUCAGCGACGAAGAAGAGCAGAAGGAAUCGCUUCUGGACAACACACAGAAUGUUGAGAAGUCUGAUAUUCAUAUUGUAUAG